UACAAGUGUAAAGUCUGUGACAAAGCGUUCAGUACAGCAAGUAAUCGGGCAUAUCAUUCGAAAAUUCACAAUAAGGACCUACAGCAUCAGUGUCCGCAUUGCUCAUCAAAAUUCGUGGUAUUAUCUAGGCUAAAGAAUCACAUCCGCACUCACACUGGCGAAAAGCCAUUCCAAUGUAAAGUCUGUGACAAAGCCUUCCAUUUAUCAAGUAACUUGGCAGAACAUUCGAAAAUUCACAAUAAGGACCUACAGCGGAAGUGUCCACAUUGUUCAUCAAUGUUCGCACGGUCAUCUAACCUAAAGAGACAUAUCCGCACUCACACUGGCGAAAAGCCUUACAAGUGUAAAGUCUGUGACAAAGCGUUCAUUUCAUCAUGCAAGCUGGCAAUACACUCGAAAAUUCACAAUAAGGACCAACAGCAUCAGUAUCCUCAUUGUUCAGCAACAUAUACAACUGCACAGUUAUCUAACCUAAAGAGACAUAUCCGCACUCACACCGGCGAAAGGCCAUACCAGUGCAAAGUUUGUGACAAAGCCUUUCAUGCAUCAACAACGCACAGCAUUGCGGCGCCAAAUUCUCUGUCGGCCACUCGGCAGUUCGAUUGA